UAACAUUUACGUUAAUGUUAUAUAUUUCAAUUUUCAUGUUAAAAUAAAUAUAAUUAAAUAAAGCUAAAGGAAAACAACUUACGUAGAAUAAAACAUCAAAAUAUAUAAUUUUUCUAUAUAAUGGUAAAACAUAGCUGACGUUAUAAUGCAGGGGAUUUUUAUUUGAUUAUUGUGUUAUAGGACAUUAACUAAAAAAAAAAAUACUUGUGGUGCAAGUGAUGAUUUCUUUUCGAGCUUCAACAUAAUUUCGUAACUAUCUUAAUGGUCACACUUUAAAAAGUGACAAAAUGUUUAGUAACGGUACUGAUUUUCCACCCGUUAAGGAAGAUACAUUUUGCAAAUAUGUUUUGUAUUACGAGAUAAACAACUCAAGGGUACGCAUAUGGGAUUUAAUCAUAUUAAUACCAAAUGCUUUAUUUGUGCUCUUCCUAGUUGUGAGAUUUAACAAAGCUCAGUUAAAACUUCGUGCCACGAGUAGUCCCAUAUUUCUUACAUUUUACACUCUUGUAUGGGGAAAUGUCAUAAUCAGUCUUAUAAGAUGUGCAGUUUCCAUGACUGUAAAUGCAUCAGUACCUCUUGGGGGUCUGAUUGAUAAAAUUUUAUGGGUUACUGUAAGAUUUUUUCUGCUUGCAACUGAAAUGAGUGUCGUGAUUUUUGGACUUGCCUUUGGCCACAUGGAUAGUCGCAGUAGCAUUAGAUAUGUUCUGUUGGCUACAUCACUAAUUUCCCUUGCCUUUACUGUCACCCAGGGCACACUAGAAAUAGUGAUGCCAGAUGACAUGUUCCAUAUUGAUACAAGGGAUUAUAAUCUAUUUGGACAUGGUGGGAUGCUCUUUUGGUUUACAUCAUCAUUGGUCUUUGGGAUUAUUUACUUCAUUAUUUUACUUCUACCAUGGACACCUUUGCGGGAAUAUUUAGCUUUGCCAACAAAGCUCUCAUUUUAUUUUUAUAUACUGCUACUCACCCUACUUGAUAUGACCCAGUCGGUGGGUACUGGGUUACUUAUGUGGGGAUCUAUGCAAUCAGGCCUUUGUGUUGUUGAUGUUACCACCUGGCUUUACUUCUCACUGUAUACGCCACUGGUUUAUCAUACAUUUUUAAGUGAAUUUUUCAGUGUCGCACAACCAAGCAUAAUGUUCUCAUAUAAGGCUCAGAUGGAUGAGCCAAUGGAUGAUGACCAAGUCUCUUUACCGCAUCAACAAAGCUUCAGCUCACUUAAAACAGAUUCAGACUACAUCUAUCAAAGUAACAGUGUCUAUGAUAGUACACUGUUUGAAGCGGGCGGAACGACCCCAAUGAACCCUGUGUAUAGUGCAUCCUUACAAAGUCCAGACUCUAUUGCAUCUGGUCAAUCGAUAGACUUACAAGCCGGCUUUCCGAACAAAAAUAUGCUCUCUACAUAACAAUAAAGAUAAUUCAAUUGUAUAAUUACCACUUGUGUAUAAGAGCCAGCUCAUGCGGCGGCUUGCAACAGAAAAAUAUGUAUUUUAAACUCCCUUGGGGACGCCCUUGUUUGUAUCGGCGGUACUAAAAACAUUUUCGUUAGAAUGAAUUUAGGGCCUACAAUUUAUCCCAUUUUAAAAAGAAAUCUCGUAGAGAGAUUUAAGUAUUACAAUUCUGGGAUGCAGUUAGAAUAUGAAUUUUUAUAACUCAUUUCAAUUGUUAAUUUUUUUUUAAUUUACAUGAAUUGUGUUUUGUCUUGCUUACAACUGUCAAUUCAAGAUUCUUGUAAGAUAAAAUAUAAAAUUGUAGGCCUUAAGCUAAAAGUCAAUUUUUUUAAACAGUAUGAGAAAACCAAAUGUCGCAAUUAUCGGCACAUGCUGGUAAAGUAGUAUUGUACCGUGGGGUAGAUACAUCCGCCAAGCCAAGAAUCGAACCCACGAUAACUGUAUACUAAGCCAGUAUUUGAAUAAAUAAUCCCUGAAGCAUCCAAAGGUUAGAAUUAGAAUUAUUUUCUAUAUGAAAUGAUAUGUAUUAUGAAUCUCGUGAACUAUGUCUUAGACUGACACACCAUCUCCGCUUUAAGCUAAGUAAUGGAUCCAUCCACACAAUUUUCACGUUAGAAUAAGAUUAUUGGAAUAAUUAUUAUAUGUAAUAGCUAAUUUCCAAUGCUAGUAUAGAGGUUUCCUCCAUUUCCCUCUGUCUUUUAAAGCAUGGCAAUACUAAAGAAAUGGAUCUAAUAAACGUCGGAUCAGGUAUUUGAGCCUUAUAAUCUGUCAUAAAGAUCAAAUUCCUGAACUCUUAAUGUUGUCUCACACGGGCCAGUCCUCGUAUGCCAAGCAAUAAGUGUUCGAAAUUAGCUAUAAUGCAAUACAAAAUACACAAUAAUUAGUCAAGUUUUAUAAAUAAGAAAAAAAGGUUUCGAAUAUAUAAAUUUAAGUACUUUAUCUUAAAUCUCAUUUAAAAUUAUUUACGGUAAUUAAAUUUUGCUGGUUUCUUAUUUAUAAGUUAUUUGGUGUAAACGGUAAUUAUAAUGUGUAUUUGUGAGAUUGUUUUUCUAUAUUACGAAUAUGUUGGAAAUAGUAACAAGAAUUGAAUCCAAUCUAGCUUUAAGGCGGAAAUAGAUUAUUAUAACGGAAAGCAUGUCGUGACGACACCCAAUUCGCCACGUGCACUUUACCAACACGCGAUUGCAUUAUUGAUUGGAUAAUUCAAGUAUUACGUAACGAAUUUGGGGCGGGGGCGUCCUUUUGUAAAGCGUUACGAUGCGAGGCGGGGAUUGAAUUACGCGUUAUUGAUAAUAUUAUUUUCCACUUUCCAGUACUUUACACCAAAUAAUGGUAAGUUUUAGGUAUAAAGAGUCACUGGGGGUGGUCACGGUCACAAACGUUUUACUAUUGGAUACAGAAAACGUUGCGGUGCGUUUCAUGGGGCCAAGAAUCUCCAAAAAUUGCGUGACGUAAUACUUGAAUGCUCCCUAACAUGAAGAUUUCUAAGUUACAAAAUGUGGAUAAAAGAACGAAGAAAAAGAUAACUUGGCGUUAGGAUAUAAAUAAAACAGAAAAUUUGUUUGUACUUUCGGGGAGCUAAGACAUAAUUUGUAGAAGUUACUUCCGCUUCCGGUUUUUAUGAAUGUUGUAUUCGCCUUAAAGUGCCUAUUAAAACCAUUUUUUUAUUAUGUUGUAAUUCGGAGAGCUUACUCUGUGAAUUCCAAUAGCGGCAGCCAAUACCGAUUCUAACGUUUUUGUAUACAAGUUCGAUUGUCGGAUUUACAAAUUUUCAAGGUUAUAGGCUGUGAAGUUUUUGCCGCACUUGCCUCUACACUUGUCAUGUUCUGGAUUAUUUUUAGAGACCAACAGUUUCGUUGAAUGUAAAAUAAUUUUUGGGUUUGAUUUUUAAACACAAAAUUAUACACAAACCAUCGAGUUCGCAGCCUCCCACAAGUAGUAGGACUGACAUGUAUAGGUUAAUGGGGGCAAGAGGAUGCAAUUUCGCAUCUUUUCAAUCAUACAACUGUGUGAACUGAGGGCGCAGAGCUUGAUUACUGGUUGAGGGGUUGGGUAAAAUUUGUUGCAGACUUCCAACUAAACACCACAAAUCUUUUUGUGUCUAUGAGGUAGCAAAAAAAACGGUUCUCAAAUUUGCCGUCCUAGGCUCCACCUGGAAAAUCCGCCAGAGUUCUCUUCUAAAUAUCCGAAACGCACUCAACAUUGGGAUGCUGUGGGAAGUUAUGCAGUUACGCGCCGCGUUUCAACGGGUGGCGUCACGCUUUAAGUGUUUUUAUGUCAUUCUACUUGUAUAAAUAUGAUUUCCUCAUCGUUUUACUGUGAUGUUUUACCUACUUAUUUUUUGUUGUUUAUUGAUUAUUUUAUGUCUGUAUAAUGUCAAGAUACAGCAAAGCUGUCGUAUUUAGGUUGUUCAUAAAUUAGUCAUUUUUAGUGAUAUCACAGUAUGAUUAGUUUUGUGCACUUAAACAUAUUAUUUUUAGUAAAGUAAAUUUAUGGGUGUUCUUUAUGUGCGAUUUUACGAAUGUUGACUUUUUUUAAACGCUAUAUUUGUUUAGGCCUUGAAAGCAAUAAAAUCCGUGUGAGUUCGUUAUACAAGCAACUCGCCCCUUAACUGGUUGUACCCACCAAUUUUGGUAGCUUAUACAUAUGAUUUAUUUUGCCUAUUUUAGUUUUUUGAACACCAUGUAUUUGUUAGAUCAAGACGAAUUUUAUGUUAUAUAGAUUGAUACGGAAUUUGUCAGAUGUAGCUAGUCUUAGGUUUUAUAUAAUAAGAGAUUAGACACGCUAAAAUGAUGAGUUUUGAAGCCGUAGUUUUAUAGUGACUAAAGCUAAUUGGUACUAAUACAUUUCAAACUUAAAUAUUGAAGUCCUCUGACAAUUAACAUAUACACCAUAAUUGUCAAUUUAUGAAACCCAAAGUGCCGAUUGUCAAUUUUUCCUUUAUAAUGUGAUACUGAACAUGCUGUAUAUUUAUAUACUCGUGUAAAACCUUAAAUUAAGUGAUAUUGGUUGAAUUUGUAGCUAUAUUUUUUUCGUUAUUUUAAACUAUAUGGAAUAAAGUAAUGUAUUUACAAA